GGCACCAGCUAAGGGUGAGCAGUGACAGGGCUGGCAUAUCUGGAGGUGGGACUGGCACAUGGCACGCUGAGACCACGCCCAUAUCUGCUGAGGCUGCAGGAACUGUUUCGGGUGGCAUGGGCUGCUACAGCAUGGGAGAAAUCUUCCAGGCAGUGGAAAAUAGGGAUGUAAAGAGAUGCCAGCAAAUAAUUGAAACGGAAGGUCCAGAAAUCUUAGGACAAUAUGAUGAUAGAGGACACACACCUGUCCACUGGGCAGCACUUGCAGGGUCUGUGGAACUGAUAGAGAUGUUUGUGGACAGUAAAGGACCAGUUAACCUCCCAAGCCAAGGUGAGCUUGGACAGCGCCCCAUUCAUUGGGCUGCUGUUAGUGGCCAUAUUCAUGUGAUAGAUCUGCUUCUGAAGACAGGAGUGUCAUUGGAAGUAGAAGACCAGAAGGGUUGUUCACCCUUAAUCACAGCUGCACAAUAUGGACACACAGCUCUGGUUUGCUACCUGAUUGGAAGAGGAGCCAAAAUACAUUUAUGUGACUCUGAAGGAGACACUGCACUGCACUGGGCUGUCUUUAAAGGUCACUGUGAAUUAGCUCACCUGCUGAUAUACUCAGGUUGCAAUCCUAGACAGCCAGAUAACCAUGGGCAGACCCCAUUGCAUUUAGCUGUAUUAAGUGGAAGUAUCUCUACUGUCCAACUGAUAUGUGAACAAGAGGGAGUUGAAUUGGAAGGUGAAGACAAGAAAAGAAAUACCCCUCUGACGUUGGCCAAAGGGCGAAAGGAUAAUAAUCUUAUCUCAUUUUUACACAGUGCUAUUACACAGUCAAAGAAUCUUAAUGCUAAAUGUAAUUGGAGAGCAUGGUUGUUUGGUCGACCAGGCAAAUCAAAGGGACCUAUCCUGUUUUUUUAUGGAAAUUUAUUAUUGUGGGGUUACCCAGCCUAUUUUUACAAGAUUGUGCCAGUUUCCUAUUAUGCCCUCUGGGAAUUGCAUAUCUUAUUCCUUGUUUGCAACGCACUGAUGUGGGCUUUCUUCUUAAAAGCCUCCCUGAUGGAUCCUGGCUUCCUUCCCCGAGACACAGAGGAAUAUUAUUAUACAGUUAAGCAGGCAAUACAUUUUAAUGACUGGAAGAAUGGCAAGAACCCAUUGAACAGACUAUGUCACACCUGCCAUCUUGUGAAGCCUCUACGUUCCAAGCACUGUCGUGUUACCAACCGUUGUGUUUCUCAUUUUGAUCACUAUUGCCCAUAUGUUUAUAAUGAUGUUGGUCUUUAUAACAGAGCUUAUUUUUUUGGAUUUGUGGUGUCCAUGUGUAUGUGCUGUAUCAUUGGCUGUUACCUCUGCUGGGACUGGCUUCAAAUAGAAGGACUGAGCUUUAUAAUAGGAGCAGGACUCCUGUUUCUUGCCAUCAUUGCUAUUGUUUCAUCGUUAAUGACUGCAUCAUGCAUAAUCAUGGCAGCGGUUAAUUUAACAACAAAUGAAAAAGUGAAUAUGAAAAAGUAUGCUUAUCUCAAGGACAGUAAUGGGAAGUUUUCUAAUCCAUUCAAUAGAGGAUUAUGCAAAAAUGUUUUGGAAUAUGUUCACAUUAUACCACCACUUUCAGAUUAUCAAAUUAGAAAAAAAGAAAUGAAAUUUGAGAUAUGAUAUUUUUUCUUUUGUUAAUUUACUAUAAUUAUGGAGACUUGAUAUUGUGUACUUAUAUUUAUACAUUUAAUUUUAUUAUAAAUAAAAUCUUUUAAAAAAAGUAAAUAAAA